AUGUUCAAACGUUGGGACACCCACACCCUCCCCGACCGAGCAGCAUCCGAUGCUCACCGUCCCCAGCAGCGGCUCUCCGUGGCGGGGCUCCACCAGCGCGCGCAGUCGGUGACGGACCCGUACCACGCUGGCGCGCGGCAGCGCCAUCAGCAGACGGUCCGGCCGGUGUCGGCAGAGGGCCAGCGUCGCGACAGCAACCCGCACGCGCGGCAGUUGGCGUACGGCGCGCCUCCGCAGUCUCAGGAUUAUGGCUAUCGAGGUCCCGGUGGGGGAGGGUCUGGCGCUGUCGCAUAUUCCCCGGCCGCACCCACGUCGGAAUACCGCACGCCCUCUGCGGCGGAGUUUUACGCCGGGGUGUGGCAGCCCCCUUCGUCUCCUAGACACUCAAACGUCCCUAGCGUCGGGGGCUAUCAGGCCCCAGAACAACCGGUUUAUGCUUCCGUGCCGGAGCCAUCCGUGGGUUAUUCGUAUCCAAUGUCUCCGCCGUAUACGCCGGCUCCUGGUGUAGUGUAUGCUUCGCCGGCUGUUGGUUAUGCUCCCACGCCGCCACCGCCUACGCCAUCGAGCCCCUACAUACCAUAUCAAGGAUAUCAGCAACCAUAUCAGACACAGCCAUUCUCGCCGGUUUCGCCGCAGCAGCCAAGUGGUUCUUACCAAGCAUAUCAGCAGCCGCAAGUGACAUAUAAGCAGCCCCAGGGGCAAUACACAACGUACCGUCCACCGGUUCCAACGCUCAACCUAAAUAAUCACCAGAGCAAUGCUCCGCAAUCGGGCGCAGCGGCGCAGUCUUUUAUUGCCGAGCUGCCGGCAGACGAGAUACCAUCGAGUCGGGUGAGGCCUGAGCGCAAGCAUGCAGUGGAGCUCAUGGCAGACACGCCGGCAAGGAAAGGCCAUGUUCUUGAAGAGGAUACAGCGGAACGAUGGGCCGACGAACUCAGCGAAAGACUCGAGGAGACGACGAUCCAGGGGGAGGAAAGCUACUCGAGCUCAGUUGAGGCUCCAGCGCCGUUGCGGAUCCGCAAAUCAACCAAGAAGACAGAUGACCAUUCAAAGAGUUAUACAGGAAACCUGAUGACCGGUGAUGUUGGUGGGUUGGAUCAGGAGAAGCAGUCGGACCCGGCACAUCUGAUUCAUCAGCACUUGUGGUCAGGUUCUCGCCAAGGACCAACUCCAUAG